AUGGCUCCCGCCGAGGCGCCGAGCCGGGCCGAGAGGGACGCGGGACCGACCGGCUCGCCCUCCUCCUCCCCGCGCGGCCUCCGACCCGGGUUUCCGUACAGGUCAGGGCGAAGCGGGCUGGCCGGGCGUCGGCGGAGCAGGAGAGGGGCGCCUUCCUGCGUGCGGCCGCGGCCCCCGAAACAGCCCGAGCUCCGAAACGGAGGCGGCGGCGGCGCCUUUCCAAUAUGGCGGCCCCGGCUGACGUCACCGGAGGAUGUGGCAGAGUCGGCGCGGAAGAACUGGGCCGGGAGACGCCGGAAGCGGCGGGCGGGGACCCGGCGGCCGGACCCGGCGGGCGGGGAUCCUCUGGCACUGCCGCCUACACCCUUCCUGGCCCUUGGGCUGGAGCCUGAACCUGGUGGGGCCCCCCACGAAUCGGAAGAGCCUGGGCCACGUGAAGGUGGACCCCACUCAGCCUCCAGCCUUGCCCUCCGCGCCUCAGACACCGCCGUCUUCGGAGGCGGCUCCGCGGCCGUGUGGAAGGGGUCCCAUUUGGACUCCGGGGUCCGCAGGAGUGGCAGGAAGCGCUUCGCUCGCGGCUACUGGGAGAGGAGGGGCGCGCUUUCUGCCGGGACUCCGUAACCCUUUAGAAGAAGCAAGUGCGUCCAAAUGGUUUGAAAGUGGACCUUUAGUGUUUUCCAGGAGUAAGAAGAUAGAACAAUUGACCAGUUUUGUUUGUAAAACUUCUUUUCUUGCCUUGGACUUCUGCUAUAAAGUGACCAGGGCGUAGUGAGUACAGUUAGUGCCGCACACGUUAGCACGCUCAACCUUAACGAUCUUUUUAUAGAGACAAUAAACCUGCAGGGUUUCAUGCCACGUCUUUGUACGCAUCAGAUCUCUCUCCGUGUAGUUACUAAGUGAAAUCCUCUCGGCGUACGCAAAUUACGUUAAAAAAUAGCUGUCAAACCUGAGUCAGGAGUUGGAGGAGUAGAGGGUGGCGCUUAUAAGUGAAACAAUCAGGAAUGGCAUUGUGUGCCAUCCUGUAUUAAACAAUGUAUGGACAGAGUGGAACAACAGCAAAGCAAAAAAUAAAAAUUAAAAAAA